AGGGAGUUGAAUUUCUUUCUCUGCCUAAGUGAGAGGCUGAACUUUCUAGGCCACCUCCUGUCCCAGCCGGGCCCUGCCCCUCGGAGGGGAGGGGGGAGAGAGGGAGGGGGCUGAGCAGAGGGGAGGGGGGCUGAGAGCAGCAGGCAUCCCCUGCCCAUGAGGGCCUGAUGGAAAACACAAAGGACCUGACUGAGCAUUCUUCACGGUCAGAAAGGAAGAGACGUGACUCAUUCGGGAUGUUUGACGGUUAUGAUAGUUGUAGUGAGGACACUAGUAGCAGCUCAAGCUCUGAUGAGAGUGAAGAAGAAGUUGCUCCCUUACCGUCCAGUCUCCCCAUUAUCAAGAAUAAUGGACAGGUCUAUACUUAUCCAGAUGGUAAAUCUGGCAUGGCUACCUGUGAGAUGUGUGGGAUGGUCGGUGUCCGAGAUGCUUUUUACUCUAAGACGAAGCGUUUCUGUAGUGUUUCAUGCUCCAGAAGUUAUUCAUCAAAUUCCAAGAAGGCCAGCAUUCUGGCCAGACUUCAGGGUAAACCUCCAACUAAAAAGGCUAAAGUUCUGCAGAAACAACCCUUAGUGGCUAAACUAGCAGCAUAUGCUCAGUACCAGGCUACACUGCAGAAUCAAGUGAAGACUAAAACAGCUGUCCCUGUUGAAGGUUUCAGUUGGGGUAACUACAUUACUAGCAAUAAUUUAACAGCAGCUCCUGUCACCUGUUUUAAACAUGCACCCAUGGGGACAUGCUGGGGUGAUAUCUCAGAAGGAGUGCGAGUGGAAGUUCCGAACACAGACUGCAGCCUACCUACCAAAGUCUUCUGGAUAGCUGGAAUUAUGAAAUUAGCAGGCUACAAUGCUUUGCUGAGAUAUGAGGGGUUUGAAAACGAUUCCAGUGUUGACUUCUGGUGCAACGUGUGUGGGUCUGACAUCCACCCAGUUGGUUGGUGUGCAACUAGUGGGAAGCCUCUAGUCCCACCUAGAACAAUCCAACACAAAUACACAAACUGGAAAGCUUUUCUCGUGAAGCGACUUACUGGUGCCAAAACUCUUCCUCCUGACUUUUCUCAGAAGGUUUCAGAAAGUAUGCAGUAUCCUUUCAAACCUUCCAUGAGAGUAGAAGUUGUUGACAAAACUCAUCUUUGUCGAACACGGGUAGCGGUUGUAGACAGUGUAAUUGGAGGACGAUUAAGAUUGGUAUAUGAAGAAUGUGAAGACAAAACUGAUGAUUUCUGGUGCCAUAUGUACAGCCCACUCAUUCAUCACAUUGGUUGGUCCCGAAGUAUAGGACAUCGCUUCAAAAGAUCUGAUAUUACAAAGAAACAAGACGGACAUUAUGAUGCACCGCCACACUUAUUUGCAAAGGUAAGAUUGCUAAUGAGAAUGCUAAGAUUGUUUUACUCAGAGUUGGAAGAGGAAUUUGUGUUAGCAGAUGGAUAUCUAAUGAUCGGGAUUGAUGGCUCAGAAGCAGCAGAUGGGUCUGACUGGUUUUGUUACCAUGCCACCUCCCCUUCUAUUUUCCCUGUUGGUUUCUGUGAAAUUAAUGCGAUUGAGCUAACUCCACCCAGAGGUUAUGCAAAACUCCCUUUCAAAUGGUUUGACUACCUCAGGGAAACUGACUCUAUAGCAGCACCUGUAAAACUCUUCAAUAAGGAAGUUCCAAACCAUGGGUUUCACAUUCGAAUGAAACUGGAGGCUGUAGAUCUUAUGGAACCGCGCCUUGUAUGUGUGGCCACAGUAACUCGCAUCAUCCAUCGUCUAUUGAGGAUACAUUUUGAUGGCUGGGAAGAAGAAUAUGACCAGUGGGUGGAUUGCGAGUCCCCUGACCUCUAUCCUGUAGGGUGGUGCCAAUUAACUGGAUAUCAACUACAGCCUCCUGCACCACAAACAGCAAGAGAUAGCCAGUCAAGUUCGUCCAAGCAAAAGAAAAAGGCUAAGUCACAACAGUACAAAGGACACAAGAAAAUGACUUCACUGCAGCUGAAGGAGGAGUUGCUAGAUGGAGAGGAGUAUAACUUUCUUCAAGGAGCAUCUGAUCAGGAAAGCAAUGGGUCUGCCAGCUACUACAUCAAACAAGAACCAUAAGGCAGCUCAAAAAUGUGAGGGGCAGGGUGGUGAUAGUAGAGAAAAGAGCCUUUCUCCAAGACUGACUGACUGAUUUUGUUCCCAUUUUGAUGGUACAGUUGCAGAGCUGUAUUUGGGGCACUUUGCUAACUGUAGAUGAAACAUCAGUUGCAAAAUUUUUGGAGGGGCAGGGAAACUAUUUUAGUGAAAAAUUUUUACAAUUUAUUAAACAAAAGACAUUUUUGUGUUGUAUUUGAAGCUUUUGAAAGAAUUUUGUAAUAUUUUCAAAUUCAGAUUUAUUGUGCAUUCUUAAACUGAAAUUCUAAUUUUUUGGUAAAAUUAAAGUUUAAUUAGCAGGAUUGCAGGAAACUGUUUGAGGAGGAUAUAGUUGCAAAUACAAAUGAACUGUCAUUACAAAUGAACCUUGUUGGUACAAGUUGGGAGAUUUUGGACUUUUGUGAGCUGUAUGAGUCACACCUCUGGUUUUUCAUUGUGAAAAUACUGAAAUCCUGACUUUGGAGCAUAAAAACAUAUACAUGGUUUAAGGGGACCAGCCCUGCCAAGCCUUACUUGUGUGAGUAGCCCAAUUUCAAUGGGGGUGCUUUCAUGAGGUGUGGUAUUAACUUUUCAAGAUGGUUACUCCAUUUAGGGCCUGAUUCAAUGCCCAUUGAUUUCAGUGGCUCUUGGAUUGGGCCCUUAAUCUUGGGAUGCUCAAGUAAAUGUUUACAGAGCCCUGUGUUAAACUGGAACUUCAGGAGAUUCUCUUGUGGAAAAUUACAUGAAACUUAAGUGUUUAAACUAGAAAUACAGGACCUUUUCCUGUUUCUUGUUUGGAUGGAAAACAUGUUUGGGGUAGGAGGGAACCUGAGGACCUUUUCUUUGGUUUUAUUCCCCAGAAAAAUCUAGACUCCUGCUUUCCAUCUCUUCAAAUACUUGUGUAUGUUGGUAUCCUCAAGAGAUGUACCAGAUGAACUAGAAAAAUACUUACUAUGAAGGCAAAAAUUUACUCAGUUCUGCAGAGGUUUUAAUAUUCUGCUCUCCAAGAAUAUAACAAUGGAGUUGGGAUCUGAAAAGAAAAUUCUUUUGGGGGUAAAUUGGACUCAUUUGGUUCUAGAAGACUGGAAUCCUUCCAGUCUCACUUUAAUCGUCCCAUUAUUUUUGACUCUUUAACUGAACAGAUAUUUUUAGACAUAUUUGCAGGAGAUUAUAGAGACUAACAUCAACAUAUGAGGAUUUUUAAUAAGUGCUGAAUAAUUUAAUCUCCUCUCCCAUUUUUAAAUCCAUGUGGAUUUUGGCAGGUGGCCUAAUUCUUGGAGUUGAUUAGCAGCCUGAUUUUUUUUCCAUCCUGCAGAGUUGUGACUGGAAGAAUGGACAUCAAGAGCGUUAGCUUUUACCAGUAAGGUUCAUUAACUAAAUUCUCAGGAAUAAACUGCAUAUGUUCUAUAAGUGCUUCUGGGUCUUUGCAGGUCCCCUUCAGAGCAGUACAAUGAUCAUCUGAGUCUUGACCCAUACAGUAGGGCUUAGAAGAAAUCAGUCAAAAUUAAUAACUUCUACGGUCCUUCAGCCUAAGAAAUGCUUUAAUGAAACCAGCCCACAGAGCCCCAGGAUACCAUUUUUUGGUAUAUUAUUGUUUUGAACUUUUAAAAAAAAAAUGCAUAGAAAGUUGAAAACCAGCAAUUUGACUAUUUUCUAAAAUAUUGCUCUAACUUUGGGUACAAGCAUUGUUAAUAUGCACAGGUUUACCUCAUUCUAUGCAAGAGAGGAUAAUGAUGUAAAGUUUUGUAGUUACUACUGAAAGUAAAACUUGUCCUGUAUAGUGUAGGAAUGUAUGGAAACCUUUUCUCCUCUCCCCCAGUCAUAUUUUUGUAAUAUUGAUCCCUUUUUGACAACUGUUAUCUCAUAUCAAUAAAAGCUGGUUAUCAGGUGUGAAAUAUCGGUGAGUUCAGGUGGAAAAGAGAUUUUAACUCUAAAAUACCCAUAUUAAAAGGACUCCGUCAAGGUUGACCAGUUUCAAAUUUACUCCCUUUAGCCCCCGGUCCCUCCAAUUCAUUUACUUUAUUUAAAACGCAAAAGAAAAAAGGAAAAAAAGUUAAAAAUCAGAGCCUUCCAAAACAAGGGGCUGCAAUGUAGUUUUACAAUCCCAGUUCUUGAUCAGAGGGAUGUAAAGGCAGGUCCAGGAUUUUGGAUGACAUAUGCUUGAAACAAAGGCAUUUUGGUGAGCCUCGGUCACACCAAGUACUGUCUCUCUCACCUAUCAAAAAGUCAGAUUCUGCUGGUACUUCCUCAAGUUGGUUAGUAUUUGAAUGCAUUGAUGUCGCUGGGAUUAGUUGCACGUAAUAUAAAGCAAAGCUAGCAGAAUUAGGCCCACAGAGCACAAGGGAUGCAUGAGAUGCAUCUGCUUUCAUAAAGCUUCUACUUCCAUAGAAUAACACUUGUGACUAAAUUGGCACUGCUGUAAAUUGAUGCAGCGGUGUCAAUUUAGUGGGUCUGGUGAAGACAAGCUAAGUUGAUGGCAGAGUGCUCUCCUAUCAGAAGUCUGUAUGCCACCUCCCUGAGAGGUGAAAGGUAAGUCGGCAGGAGAGUGUUUCCCAUCGACAUAGCGCGAUGUAGAGACUGCUGUAAAUUGACCUGAGUUAGCGUAACUUAGAUCAAUUUACAGCAUUAGCGUAGACUAGCCCUAGUGGCACAAGUAGCUCAUUGACUUCAGGAGAACCGCUGUUGUAUGAAUAAGGGUUGAUGUAAAAAGGAGUUGCGGAAAUGGGUCCAUAGUUACAUGUCAGAUCGUGAGGGCAAAAAAUCCAGAUUCCUGGGCUUGUGUUUGUUGCCCAGCUUCAGAACUUGGAUUAUCCAAACUAUUAUUAUAACCCUGAAUUGGGCCAGAUUUUAAGGGGACUCUUUGGAUUAUUUUUAUAGUAAAAUGCACUUGUAGGGGGAGGGGUGGAGAAUUGUGUGUCUCACAUUUGGGGGUCUGUCAACCUUUAUAAUAAUUCUUGAAAAUUGGUUAUUUAAAAACUAAACAUGGUUAUCUGCAAGCUGAAUUCCACCCUCAUACACACAUGCUGACUUUGGUGGGAAUUUCACGUGUAUUUGAGGGUGGAAUUUCAGUCUGGUUUCUGAAUCCAAAGAAUACCUAUCUGUCAAGUACAGUGUAACCUAUCCUAAGCAAAGCAUGUAAGGAAUCACCUAAAAUCACAUGCUUGGGAGAAGUUUGUUUAUGUAAAAGUUGAGCAAAAUUGUACUAGAUUCAUACCUGGAGUGGUCUUUCAAGUGAUCUCUUAAAACGGUGGGGUUACCUGUUGGCAGUGGUGUCUUUAGUACAGGCUUCACUGAAUAUGUUCUAAUAUUAAUUAAUAACAAGGUUCAAAGAAUUUUCUUCCUUCAUUCUACUGUGAACCAUGUUACUUGGCUAAAAGAAAGGUGAGGUGUUAGAAGUCUGAAAUCUCUACUGAUGUCUAAAGUUGGGGAUCAAACAGUCACUUCAAUAUUUGGCAUAGCAAGUUUUUAUAACCAAGGGGUAGUGCAAAUAACUAAACUUACCUUGUAACUGCCCCCUUCUUUUAUGGCUCAGAAUGAAUUUUACUGCUGACCUUGAUUUUAUGUUUUAAAUGCAACUUCUUAACCUUUUCCUUGCUGUGUAUAAGGAAAGCUAAAGCAGUUAUCAAUUUCUUGUUUUACGGAUACUAACACGGGUUUCAGUGUUUGUUUGUUUUUAUUAUUGUUGUUUUUUAUGUGAUGUGAAUACCCUCUCCCACCAAUAUUUGUACUAUGGUGCUAAUAUAUAUUUGGUAACAAUCCUUUAUUGGGAAGGGAUUAAAAAACUGUGAUUAAACUGAAUUUUUCUUCCUUUUAAUUUUCAUAUUUAAAAAAAAAAGUCACAGCCAUUUAUACAACAAAAAGCAUCAGCUUUUGCCCUUGGGAAAAUAUAUUGGGGUGGGAAUCAAGAUGAAAUGAAUAGGGUUUUUACAUCAUUUCUGUAUGUAUUUGAUAUAUAGAUCAAUAUCUGUACAAAUUUAAUCUUUUAUUUUCUUGGUAAUUUGUGUGGUCAAUGAGAGAGUGUUUAAAACUUUCUCAUGAAAUGUAUAUAACUAAGUGAAAAAUGCUUUUGGAGAAAUUAACGUUACUUUCAUUUUUACCAGACUGCAGAUUUUCAGCAUGGAUGUGAAAAGCAUUAAAAUUAUAACUUUGUGUACAAGAUGAAAAUAAUUCACUAAAUUUGCCUUUUUUACACAAAAUAAAAAUGUUAAACUAA